AUGCCGGCCAUGCCCGUGGUUUCGGUGGCUCACAUGGACAAGACGGUGCAAGCCGUGGUGCUUGGUACUGGAUGUUUGGUGGCCUCUGCCGCUGCCUUGAAGUAUUACCUGAACGAGCGCACGCCAAAGGGUUGCGCAAAGGUGCGCGGCAGUGGAUGGCUUGGAGUACUGGGAGCUCUACCGGAGAUGUGGAAGUGCAUCUUGAAGUAUGAAGCACAUAGUGAACUGGUGAAGUACCAUGAAGAUUUCGGAAAUACCCUUGACUUCGACUUUGGUAUUUUGCAGCUCUUUCUUGCACCUAUGAUCAUUACCCGCGAUCCUCAAAAUGUGAAAUUUAUGCUCAAGACCAAGUUUGAAAACUUCGAGAAGGGAGAAACCUUCCACGCCAUCGGACACGAUGUCUUAGGCGACGGAAUCUUCAAUGUGGACGGCGAGUCCUGGUUCAAACAACGAAAGACGGCCUCACAGAUGUUCACUGCCAACCGCUUCAAGCAGCACAUCUGGCGGGUCGUGGAAAAAAACUGCAACAAGGUGAUCUCCAUCUUGGCCGAAAAGCAGGAACCGGUCAUUGACAUGUUCAACCUGCUGAAUCGCUUCACUUUGGAUUCCAUAGGUGAAAUCGGCUUUGGCGCUGAUAUUGGAUCUUUGGAGAAUCCGGUGUCGCCCUUUCUCAAGUCCUUUGACGAAGCUCAACGCAUCCUGUUCAAGCGCUUUGUGUUGCCCGGCUGGCGGGCCUUCCGGCUCUUCGGCCUGGGGCCAGAAGCGGAGACGCGGCAACACAUGACGGCCUUGCGGAGCUACAGCCGACGCAUCGUGGAGGACUUGGCGGAUGCCUUGGAGAAACCUGCAGGUGAUAGCUUCGUGGGUCUCUUCAUGAAGAACGAACCCGGUCUGCACCCUGAAUUCCUGGCGGAUCUGGUGCUCAACUUCCUGAUCGCUGGGCGCGACACGACGGCGCAAGCCUUGUCCUGGUGCUUGUUCCAGGUGAUGCAGCACCCGGAGGUGGAAGAACGGAUCCUGGAGGAGGUGGACCGUGUUUCCUUCGGCAAGUCCUUGACCUACGACCAGCUGUCCCAGCUGAGCUACACCGAGGCGGUGCUACGCGAGGCGCUGCGGCUGUAUCCCUCGGUGCCGUUGGAUUCGAAGUUUGUCACCGAAGCAAUGACGCUUCCGGAUGGCACCUGGGUCCCCCGGGGUUCCAUGGUGAUCUACAACUCCUAUGCCAUGGGCCGAUCCAAGCAGAUCUGGGGCGAGGAUGCGGCGGAGUUCCGGCCGGAACGGUGGCUAAAUGCGGAACCCAAGGAUCCCUAUGAGUAUCCGGUCUUCCACGCGGGUCCUCGCGAGUGCCUGGGGAAGCGUCUGGCCAUGGUCGAGAUGAAGACCGUCCUGGCGGAGCUGCUUCGGCACGCCAGCUUUCGCCUGGCCGUGCCGAGGGACCAGGUGCUGCCCGACACGGCAGCCACACUGGGCAUGUCUUCGGGGUUGAAAUGUCACUAUGAGAUGCGCCUCUGA